UUUGAACCACUGUCCUCCUGCAUGCAAGGCAAAUGUCCCACCUCCAUGCUAUCUCUCCAGCCCCUGACUCUAUGUUUCUAAUAGUCAUAAUCAUGAGCAAUGGCAGCAUCCACAUGAUCUGAAGCCUUAUUGUUUGCAGGUGUGUGAUGCAUUUCUGGCUGAGCCAUCGUCACCCACAGCUUCUGUGACAAAUAUCUGUGUCCUGAAUCUCUGCACAGAAGACCCACCUAGACCCACCUGAGAGGACUCCUCAGUUUGUCCCUUCUACUGCACCCCCUCCCACGGCACCUUGGAAAGUUUGGAGGCCUUGAGGACUCGGUUACUGUAUUGUGCCUUAAUGCUGGGUCUGCAGGACGCAAGAAUCUGUUGGGCUGGGGGACGAGAAGAGAACGAGAUCUCUGCCCAAGGAAAAGUAGAGCCUAAACUCGGAGCACCCCAAGUCUGAAGAGCUAGAACACAAACAUGGCCAGCAGAGAACUUAGGGAGCCUCUGGAGGACUCUCCAAAGGAUUCAGAAAACAUGUCACCAACAGACUCAGAGGCACAAGAGACAACAGACCCGGCUGGAAGUGGGGGCGAAGCUCAGCCACCAACCUCCUCCUCUGAUGCCCCCAAAGACCCCCAGCAAGAGACAGAAAUAGGCCCUGGAGGUUCAGAUCCAGAAGAUGAUCCAGAGAGUCCAGAUGGAGCAAGAGAGGGAAAGUGCUUGAAGCACAGCCCCGAGGUCGAGGCCGAGGAUGACCAGGUGGACCAGCACUGCAAACCUCAGCUCACGCCGGAAAAUCUGGGCCCUGAGCUCUCAGAGCCAGAGGGGGUGGAAAGAGUAGAGGAACUCUUAGAGAACAGCCAUGCAGUACCCACUGAGGAAGUGGGGUACCCCUCCAGAGAGGUGUCCUUGGCCCAGAAUAUCCAUCAGGCCUCUGGUCCCCACUCAGGCCCUGAGACCCAGGAGACACUGCGGCAGCGGCGGCCAGUGCCAGAGACAGAAGCUGAAAGUCAUCACCAAGAACCACUAAAAUUCAAAGAGAAUAAAGAUGAGAGGCAGGAUGCCAGGAGGAAGAUGAACACCAAGGGUCUCUUACGCUAUGGUUUCACCCUCCUGGUUCUGGUUGCAGCCGCCUUCUUCUUCAAAGUCUUCUAUCUGUCUUCGGCCCAGCAGGCCGUCAGCAAACCAGCUCUGGAGGCCUUUUUGGUGCAGUUCAGCCAGUUGCAGGAGAAAUAUCCAGGCCAGAGCCCCUUCCUGUGGCAGAGAGGCCGCCGCUUCCUUCAGAAGCAUCUUAAUGCCUCCAAGCCCACAGAACCAGCUACUCUGCUCUUCACCGCCGCCCGAGAGGGCCACGAGACCCUCCGCUGCCUGAGCCGCCACAUUGCCGACGCCUACACAGCAGCCCAGCAGCUGCCAGCUAUCCGCAUCGAUGGCGCCACCCGUGCAGCACAGGACAGCGACACGGUCAAGCUGUGGGUGGACCUGGAACUGAGUGCAGGCUUCGAGAGCGGCCAGAAGGCAGCCGUGGUGCACCGCUUCGAGUCCCUGCCUGCCGGGGCUACACUCAUCUUUUACAAGUACUGCGAUCACGAGAACGCGGCCUUCAAGGAUGUGGCCCUGGUGCUCACCGUACUACUGGAUGACCAGACCUUGGCGACCAGCCUGGGCCCUCGGGAGACGGAAGAGAAAGUGCGGGAUCUGCUGUGGGCUCGUUUUACCAACUCCAGCACCCCCAGUUCCUUCAACCACAUGGACAGUGACAAGCUGAGCGGGCUGUGGAGUCGCAUCUCCCAUCUGGUCCUGCCUGUGCAACCUGUAUCACGGAUUGAGGAACAUGGGUGUCCGGUUUCCCUGAGCUAGGCCCUGAGCGGGGUGCAGGAGGCCAAGUGGCCAGCUCGACUUCUGAGCUAGGGAGAACUGUCAGGCCAACUGGGAAACUGAUCAUUUCCCUCCCUUUCCUGCCUUUGCAUCUCCUUAGGUUUAAAAAAUGUCUACCUGGCUAGCCAGCCUGGGGGAGGUCUUUAUUAAUAGUACCCCCAAAGCAUUGCACAUUGCACAGUUAUGUUUCCCAGUGGGGCCUGCAGUACCCUUUGAGGGGAAAGGGAGAGUUUAGACUUGAGAUUAAAAACAAUUCAAUUUGA